CUACCGCCCUCGGUAUCCUCUGUCGCAGUCUCCACGCCUAUCCGCACGUAAUGACAAGCCCGCAAUAAUGCUCCGUGCUUACUGCUUACGCAAGCCACUCCGCCGGUGAAGGCGUCCAUCUAAAUCCCUUCCCCCAAACCCCAACACAAAUGCACUGAGAGAGAGAGAGAGAGAGAGAGAGAGAGAGAGAGAGAGAGAGGGGAAAUGGGAGAGAAGAGGGUGCUGGACUCGGGAUGGCUGGCCGCGAGAUCGACGGAAGUAUCGGCCACCGGCGUCCAGCUGACCACCACCCAACCGCCGUCCUUCCCCCCUUCCGCUCCAUGGAUGGAGGCCGCCGUCCCGGGCACCAUCUUGGGAACCUUGCUAAAGAACAAGUUGGUGCCAGAUCCUUUCUACGGCCUAAACAAUGAAGCAAUUAUAGAUAUUGCUGACUCUGGAAGGGACUACUACACAUUUUGGUUCUUCACAACAUUUGAAUGUAAAGUGUCAGGGAAUCAGCAUGUCAACCUCAAUUUCCGUGCAAUUAAUUACUCUUCAGAAGUGUACUUUAAUGGACAUAAAGAAAUACUUCCUAAAGGGAUGUUUCGCAGACAUACACUCGAUAUUACUGACGUUCUUCAUCCUGAUGGGAAAAACUUGCUUGCUGUCCUUGUUCAUCCUCCUGAUCAUCCUGGCAGUAUUCCUGCUGAGGGAGGCCAAGGUGGCGAUCAUGAGAUUGGAAAAGAUGUUGCUGCUCAAUAUGUUGAAGGAUGGGAUUGGAUGACUCCGAUAAGGGAUAGGAACACUGGGAUCUGGGAUGAAGUAUCAAUUUCCAUUACUGGGCCUGUGAAGAUAUCUGAUCCUCACUUGGUGUCAUCGUUCUUUGAUGAUUUUAAGAGGUCCUACCUGCAUACAACUGUUGAAUUGCAAAACCAAAGUUCAUGGCUUGCAGAGUGUUCAUUGAGUAUUCAAGUCUCAAAUGAACUAGAGGGAAACAUUUGCUUGGUGGAGCAUCUUCGAAGUUAUGAAUUAUCCAUUCCUCCUUCCUCAGUUGUUCAGUAUACAAUUCCUCCACUCUUCUUCUACAAGCCCAAUUUAUGGUGGCCAAAUGGAAUGGGAAAGCAAUCUUUAUACAAUGUUAAUAUAACAGUUGAUGUAAAAGGAGUUGGAGAGUCUGAUUCAUGGAAUCACUACUUUGGGUUUCGCAAGAUUGAGAGCACGAUCGAUGAAGCUACUGGUGGAAGAUUAUUCAAGGUGAAUGGGCAACGUGUUUUUAUUCGUGGAGGGAACUGGAUAUUGUCAGAUGGACUACUAAGACUUACAAAGAAACGAUACAUGGCUGAUAUUAAAUUUCAUGCGUAUAUGAAUUUUAACAUGCUCCGCUGCUGGGGUGGUGGAUUGGCAGAGAGGCCUGAGUUCUAUCAUUUUUGUGAUUUAUAUGGUUUGUUGGUAUGGCAAGAAUUCUGGAUUACUGGAGAUGUUGAUGGACGAGGUCAACCAGUGUCAAAUCCUGAUGGACCCUUGGAUCAUGACCUUUUCCUACUAUGUGCCAGGGACACUGUUAAGCUCCUUAGGAAUCACACCAGCCUUGCUCUUUGGGUGGGUGGUAACGAGCAAACCCCACCUGAAGAUAUCAAUAAAGCUCUUAAAAAUGAUUUGAAGCUGCACCCGUUCUUCAUUUCUUGUGAUGAGAAAACUACACGGGGAGAAGGUUUUACUGGCAAUUCAGAAGAUCCAAGUAAAUAUCUUGAUGGAACUCGCGUUUAUGUUCAAGGAUCGAUGUGGGAUGGUUUUGCAGAUGGAAAAGGUGACUUCACUGAUGGCCCAUAUGAAAUCCAAAAUCCCGAAGAUUUCUUUAAAAAUGAUUUCUACAAGUACGGUUUCAACCCAGAGGUCGGUUCAGUGGGGAUGCCUAUUGCUGAUACAAUCAGAGCAACAAUGCCUCCAGAAGGAUGGCAGAUACCAUUAUUUAAAAAGGGAGAUAAUGGGUAUGUCAAAGAAGUUCCAAACCCAAUUUGGGAAUACCACAAAUACAUUCCUUACUCGAAGCCUGGGAAGGUCCAUGAUCAAAUUCUACCGUAUGGACAACCAAAGAAUCUUGAUGAUUUUUGUGAAGAGGUAGGCCAAAUUAAGGCGCAACUUGUUAACUAUGUUCAGUAUAGAGCUCUAAUAGAAGGAUGGACUUCUCGAAUGUGGACCAAGUAUACAGGAUUUCUUAUUUGGAAAACUCAGAACCCCUGGACAGGCCUCCGAGGACAGUUCUAUGAUCAUCUUCAUGAUCAAACUGCAGGAUUCUUCGGUUGUCGCUGUGCUGCUGAACCUGUUCAUGUCCAGCUUAAUUUGGCCACUUACUUUAUAGAGGUUGUGAAUACUUUGGCCAAUGAACUUUCAGAUGUGGCAGUUGAAAUUUCAGUGUGGGACCUCGAUGGAACAUGCCCGUUCUACAAGGUCACAGAAAAGAUUACGGUUCCACCGAAGGAAGUACAGCAGGUUGUGGAGUUGAAGUAUCCAAAGUUGAAGACUGCAAAGCCUGUUUAUUUUCUUCUGCUUAAAUUGUUCAGAAUAUCAGAUACAGCAAUUCUUUCCAGGAACUUCUAUUGGCUGCAUCUGCCUGGAAAAGAUUACAUGUUGUUAGAACCAUACCAAAAGAAGAAAAUACCCUUGAAGAUUACUUCUCAUGUUCUCAUAUCCGGUUCCAACUACAAAGUGGAAAUGCAUGUGCAGAAUACGUCAAAGAACUCAACUUCUAGAAGUUUAAUCUGCAUGGAAAGUGGCUUGUUUUCUGAUUGCAACGAUUACAAUUUUGAGUCGACAAAGUUCGCCCCAGAGUCUUUCCAAGAAAAGCAGGAAAGCAUGUGGAGGAGAAUAUGUAGACGUCCAUUUCCCUCCAAAUCACUUCAUCACUCCAACAUGUUCAAUAUCAAUGGUACCGAUUCGGGGGUUGCUUUUUUCCUUCAUUUUUCUGUUCAUGCUGUGAAGAAAGAGUGGGGAAGUUAUGAAGACACAAGAAUCCUUCCUGUCCAUUACACUGACAACUACUUCUCACUUGUACCCGGCGAGGAGAUGGCAAUUGAUGUUUCAUUCGAGGUGCCGCAGGGUACCACUCCUCGUAUAGCCCUUCGUGGGUGGAACUACCCUGAAAGCUAUACUGUCAUUUAAGGGGCAUUGGAAUUAUAAACUUUUGGCCAUCAGCUAUCACGUAAUUCUGAGGUGCUUUCCGAGGGAAAAGGUUUGAAGAAACGGUGUUAUUCAAGAAAACUGUUCAGUUGUGGUCUUGAUUAAUUUUUGAAGAUAGGACUGCUGUUCGGUAAUACUGUUAUGCACCGAGAUUCUGCUAUGUGAUUUCCUACUGAUACUGCUAUAGUGUUAAAUCUAA